CCUCCACCCGCACAGCCAUGGGCAGCGACAACUCGAGCAUCAAACGGGAGAGCAUCGUAGUGUGUGACCUGUCCGCCACCAUAGACCACUGCCCCACGGUCAUCGAGGAGAGCUUGUGUGGUCUUCAGUACAAGACGCCCUAUUUCAAAGCGUCUGCACAGAUUGUGAUGCCUCCAGUCCCGCGCAACGAGACCUGGGUGGUGGGCUGGAUCCAGGCGUGCACUCAUAAAGAAUAUUACAACACCUACGGAGACGUCGGCAUGUCCAGCUGGGAGCUGCCUCAGCUCCGUGAAGGCCUGGUCCAGGCCAUCAGUGACUCAGAUGGCGUGAGUUACCCUUGGUACGGAAACACAACAGAGACAGUCACCAUAGUCGGCCCCACGUCCAAGCCGUCACGCUUCAUCGUCAGCAUGAACGACAGUUUUUCCUCCCAUGUUACCUGGACUUUGUGGAUCAGCGGCUCUAACACACCUUUACUGACGAACAUUAAAAGAGACCAGAGUUUCACCACCUGGCUGGUGGCACUCAACACCACAUCCAGGGAAAAGAUCCUGCUCCACACCAUCAAGUGGAGGAUGAGGGUUGACAUCGCAGUGGACCCGUCCCUGCCUCUGGGUUCCAGGGCCAGGCUGGUGGGCCGGGUGCACCAGGACCAGCCGCGGGUGCUGACCCAAAUAGAGCCCAUCCCUCCUAACGCCAUGAGGGGGCCCAACGCCAACGAGGUCCAGGUUCUGAUGUGGAGGCCGAGGAGAGGCCCUCCGGUUGUUGUCAUACCGCCCAAGUAGAACACCACGUGCAUCUGAUUGGCCGUUUUUGGACAUCAUAUCAUAUCAGGCCAAUUCUGCUAACAGGAUAAUCAGAUGAGACGCAAAAGCAGACAAAAAUAAUAUUUAUAAGCAGGCUGAGAAUUGCAUUACAUGCUGAUGGCCUCAUCAGAGUUGCAGUACUUUGAAUCUUGAGGGGACAACCGCCUUAAUUCCCCACCGCUGACUUUGACGAUCAGAAAGUUUGUUAGUCCCUGCUUCUGGUGCCGUUGGGCCGUGCAGGCGUGCACUCCGGCCCUGCACAACAGAGGGAAGACUCGUCUGAAGUUUGAACAUCAGUGCUGGGAUGUAACUGAUACCUGUGCUGUAGCUACUCAGGCCCUGGAAGAAGUGACGGAGCUUAAAUACAAUUGACAAAGGUUUUCGCGGCCUUAAAGACGGCACACUCGUGGCCUGCUCUGUUCUGUACGCUAAAGUGCUGUGUAAGAGUUUAACCGAGGAAAGUUGUUAGUGUUUGUGUUGCGUUCACGUUCAGCGAGGACGGCGUCGCUGUGGGGUUUCUUCUUCAUCGUGGACGCAGACAAGUAGAAUCUCACCGGGAUGACGUGAGCGUGUGGACGAUCCGGCCUCAGCGGGACUGAAAAAAAAGAAAAAAGGCUUCUGCUGAACUGCUGAGCUGGUCCGGAUGAGACAGAGAUGAAGAGAGAUGGAUGAUGUAACCACAUUAUCUUGCCCAUGCUGCUCAUUACUCUUGGUGCGAACCGAACAAGCCUUCACACACACACACACAGACACACACACCUCAUAUAGAGCCAGGAUCACCAGGAAGGACUGUUCUGCCGGCGUACUGCGAACCCUAACACACAUUAACCGCACAGCGGUGUGGACAAAGAGAUAGUUUAACACCCUGAUUAUUGUAGCCAUGACACAGGGGCAGUUUGUGAGCCCACGCCGACAAUCACGAGCAGCACUUCCGAUGGGACAACUUAGAAGAUGAUCGUUAUUGGACUGAAACUGUUCAGAGAACUGAUGCUUUUAUAGUUGUUAACUUUUUUCCCCAACAUGCCCCGAUUAAAAUAACGUGUUAAUUAAAAAUACAUUUUUACUUCACCGUGAGGUUCACACAGUCUGCCGUCAAAGUGCAUCCGGGCCUCAAGUGUCUUUUACAGUUAACAGCCGUGCCUGUGGGCUCGGAGCAGAGCGCUGCACGGCCCUUCGUGUGAAUCUGACUCGUUAUUCCUACUUGUCCUGCCGGUCGACGUUAGAUUGUCUGAAAGCGACGGGCUGACGGUGUUUUACAGUGUUUUAAU